CAGUCGAUAGUGUGCGCCCAGGCCCAGUUUGCUCGAUUCGAUUUGCCAUGGGAAUUUGGUGGGCACUAGGCCUCACUCAGCCCACCGGCGCCUAUCCCCAACCCUAGGUCAGCCCAUAUAUAUAAACCCGAUAUUUAGGGUUUCCUUCUCUCACUUGUGUAGCCCAACGAGAAGAGCGGCGGCGCGGGCGGACAAGGAGCAGGCGGAGGAGGAGCUGUGCCAAGCCACAAUGGGUAUCUCACGCGACUCGAUGCACAAGCGCCGUGCCACCGGUGGAAAGCAGAAGGCCUGGAGGAAGAAGCGAAAGUAUGAGCUUGGUCGCCAGCCGGCCAACACCAAGUUGUCAAGCAAUAAGACAGUGAGGAGGGUCCGUGUUCGUGGAGGUAACGUGAAGUGGAGGGCUCUUCGCCUUGAUACUGGUAACUACUCAUGGGGAAGUGAAGCUGUUACCCGCAAGACCCGUAUCCUCGACGUGGUCUACAAUGCAUCAAACAAUGAGCUUGUGAGGACACAAACCCUUGUGAAGAGUGCCAUUGUGCAAGUUGAUGCUGCCCCAUUCAAGCAGUGGUACCUCACUCACUAUGGAGUUGACAUUGGUAGGAAGAAGAAAACCCCUGCUGCAAAGAAGGAUAAUGCUGAGGGACAAGAGGUUGAGGCAGCAGCUGAGGAAACGAAAAAGAGCAACCAUGUCACGAGGAAGCUUGAGAAGCGCAAGGAGGGACGUACCCUUGACCCACACAUUGAGGAGCAAUUUGGCAGUGGACGGUUGCUGGCAUGCAUUUCUUCCCGCCCUGGACAGUGUGGCCGAGCUGAUGGGUACGAAAUAAUGGACCUCCACCAGACUUUCUUAGUAUUUUUAGAGCAGCAUAUCUGUGUGUGUACUACAAACUUUUGUUGCUUAAAUCAUAAUGGUCGUUUUGAUUUUAGAUAUCUUGUCAUGUUAUCCUUCUUGGCUUCAAGUUAUCUCCUUGUUUCACCACCUAUAACGUUACCUGCAGCUCCUUAGUAGCCUUUUCUUUUUAUAUAACAG